AAGCAACGUUUCAGGAACCUGCACAACCUGAAACAAUAAGACAGUUUUAAGACGCCCUAGCACAUUUUUUUUAUUGGUCAGUUUGCUUUUUCAGUAGUUCUAUAACCCGCGUGGUUGGCUUAAUUUGUCUUUACUCACUCGAAGUCAGCUGUCACCAACGCUUUUGGACAAAAACCGAAUGAUACUAACUAGCUUUGAGUUGAACUGGAAGAAGCAACUGGAGUCUCUGAAUUCUCAGCCAAAACCGAAAUAAAUUUAAUGUUAGUGCCCCUUUUCUACAUUUAUUGUUUUUGACCAAACAUAACAUCACACUGGAGAGGAUUACAAAAAAAAAACGGCAUUAUUUGCUUGUGCCAAUGAAGGAUUCGCUCUAUCAACAGAGGAACACACACAUUCAUUGAGGAGGGGACACUUUGCUAUAUUGUUCAGGCUAGCCAGCUAGCGGUGUGUUUUUGUGUUAGCUCCUCAGGCUAUAUGGCUACGAAUUUUGAACCCAUACAUGGCCUCUCCGAAGAUGAAAAUGAAACCAGAGUUCUCCGUGUCAAGGUUGUGGCAGGCAUUGAUCUGGCAAAGAAAGACAUUAUCGGAGCCAGUGAUCCCUAUGUCAAGCUGUCGCUCUACGUUGCGGAUGAGAACAGAGAGCUUGCCUUAGUCCAGACUAAAACCAUUAAAAAGACUCUAAAUCCCAAAUGGAACGAGGAGUUCUAUUUCAGAGUUUGUCCUCUGAACCACAGACUACUCUUUGAGGUGUUUGAUGAAAACAGAUUGACGAGGGACGAUUUCCUGGGACAGGUCGAUGUGCCUCUCAAUCAUUUACCGACCGAGGACCCUACGAUGGAGCGGCCGUACACGUUUAAAGAUUUCCUCCUACGGCCACGAAGCCACAAGUCCCGCGUGAAGGGUUAUCUACGGCUUAAGAUGGCCUACCUGCCGAAGACUGGAAGUCCGGAGGAAGAGACCACUGAAGGGAUUACCAGGGAGGAGGCAGAGGGCUGGGAGGUGAACGACUCUGCCGAUCCCAGCGUCCAGAGGCCCCAGGCUGUCCAGCCCCCACUGCCCCCAGGAUGGGAGGAGAAGGUUGAUAACCUGGGUAGAACCUACUACGUCAACCACAACAACCGCUAUACACAGUGGAAACGACCCAGUAACGUGGAUGAUGUUUCGGAGGUGGAGAAUGACAAUCAGCAGCGGGCGAACAGCAUCCAGGCCCACCGGGUUUUCAGGUCUAGACGACACAUCUCUGAAGACUUGGAGAACGAACACACAGAACCCAGAGACAUGGAAGAUUCGUGGGAGCCAAUCACUGAAGAGAGUCCAGACGGCCCCCUACCUGUCCCCUCCUCCUCAAUGGCGACGGCCAUCCCCCAAACGCCUGCCCCCCCACCCCUCCAGGAGUUCUCAGAGGAGAUCAACUUGCACCUCUCUCUCUCUCCAACCCCAUCCGGCCCCCCGCCUGACAUCAACGGAGAGGUGGCCGCCCCCAGCCACGCUUCUGCUGUGCAGAGCCAUCUGACCUCCAGGCUGCGCUCCUCCAGUAUGACAGAUGGGGUCAGUGACCAGGCCCAGCCUCCUCCUCCAAGCUCCCAGACCAGAAGAACCAGAGCUCUAACAGUCACUGGAGUUGAGGAGCCCAUGUCUCAGUCGACAGCCUAUGCCCUGACCACACCAGGCCUACCUCCAGGAUGGGAGGAGAGGAAGGACGCCAAGGGACGCACGUAUUACGUCAAUCAUAACAACCGCUGCACCACCUGGACCAAGCCUAUCCUCCAGCACACUGAAGACGAAGCGAGUACCUCUGACUCCGGGGCUGCAGCUGAAGCCGCCUCCACCUCUUCCUCAGCCAACAACAAUAGUCAUCUGAUUGAACCGCAAAUACGCCGCGCCCGUAGUCUCAGUUCCCCUACCGUUACCCUGUCCUCCCCCUUAGAGGGGGCGGCCAACAACAUAGCUGUGCGUCGGGCGGUGAAGGACACCCUCUCCAACCCCCAGUCCCCCCAGCCCUCCCCCUACAGCUCCCCAAAAUCAGGACAUCAGUCCCAGCAGAGCUUCCUGCCCCCGGGGUGGGAGAUGAGGAUAGCACCCAACGGAAGACCCUUCUUCAUUGACCACAACAGCAGGCUCACCACAUGGGAGGACCCGAGGUUGAAGUAUCCAGUCCACAUGAGAACAAAAGCCUCUCUGGACCCUGGUGACCUGGGGCCUCUUCCUCCUGGCUGGGAGGAACGCGUGCAUGCAGAUGGCAGAACCUUCUACAUUGACCACAACACCAAAGCCACUCAAUGGGAGGAUCCUCGUCUACAGAGUCCUGCUAUCACAGGGCCUGCUGUGCCAUACUCUAGAGAAUUCAAACAGAAAUACGAUUACUUCAGAAAGAAGUUGAAGAAACCGGCGGACAUCCCUAACAGGUUUGAGAUGAAGCUGCACAGGACCAACAUCUUUGAGGAGUCGUAUCGCCGUAUCAUGUCUCUGAAGAGACCAGAUAUCCUGAAGGCCCGCCUCUGGAUCGAGUUUGAGUCAGAGAAGGGGCUGGACUACGGAGGUGUGGCCAGGGAGUGGUUCUUCCUUUUGUCUAAGGAGAUGUUCAACCCUUACUAUGGACUCUUCGAAUACUCAGCCACAGAUAACUACACACUACAGAUCAACCCUAACUCUGGGCUGUGUAACGAGGACCACCUCUCAUACUUCAAGUUCAUUGGUCGAGUGGCAGGGAUGGCCGUGUUCCAUGGGAAGCUAUUGGACGGCUUCUUCAUCCGACCAUUCUACAAGAUGAUGCUCGGGAAGCAGAUCACACUGAAAGACAUGGAAUCAGUGGACAGUGAAUACUACAACUCUCUGAAGUGGAUCCUGGAGAAUGAUCCUACUGAGCUGGACCUGCGGUUCUGUAUCGAUGAGGAUAACUUUGGACAGACGUAUCAGGUGGAUCUGAAACCCAGUGGUGGGGACAUGGUGGUGACCAACCACAACAAAAUGGAAUACAUCGAUCUUGUCAUUCAGUGGAGGUUUGUGAACCGGGUCCAGAAACAGAUGAAUGCCUUCUUGGAGGGAUUCACUGAACUCACUCUCAUCGACCUCAUCAAGAUAUUUGAUGAAAACGAGCUUGAGCUGUUGAUGUGUGGUCUGGGUGACGUGGAUGUGAAUGACUGGCGACAACACACCGUCUACAAGAACGGUUACUGCCCCAACCACCCAGUUAUACAGUGGUUCUGGAAGGCUGUCCUGCUGAUGGAUGCUGAGAAGAGGAUCCGUCUGCUUCAGUUUGUCACCGGGACAUCCAGAGUCCCUAUGAACGGCUUCGCUGAGCUCUAUGGUUCCAAUGGGCCUCAGCUGUUCACCAUUGAGCAGUGGGGAACGCCUGAUAAGCUGCCCAGGGCACACACCUGCUUCAACAGGCUGGACCUGCCUACCUACGAGUCGUUUGAUGACCUCCGAGAGAGGCUGCUGAUGGCUGUGGAGAACGCUCAGGGCUUUGAGGGCGUCGAUUAAACUAACUGCAGCCAUCUUGGUUGAAUACCACUACAGAGACGACACACCACCACAGGACAGAACGUUUAAAAAACAACUGCCACAGAACGUUUAAAAAAACCAACAACUAACUGCCAUUCUACAGCUGCAGACCGUGGCCGUAGCAGGGUCUACCUGCAAGCAUGCUAUAUGCACAGGAUCAACCACCGAGGUUACUCUGAGACUGUAGUGAAUGUGACAGAGACAACGAGCCAUGUCUGUCUUCUCCUAUGUCAAGGUGCUGGGGAACAUGGCUACUACAGUGCAGCCCAUGCAAAACACUGCACCCCUGCCUGAGAUCUGCAGUGCUGGAAUCUCUGAUGCUUUUCAAUAUGAAUAUCUCUCCUGUUGUAUUUGACACCCACCAUCCCUGUGACUCUGCUGUGCUGUGGAGUGCAUAGCCUUAACCUGCUGGUUACUGCAUUCUGUAUGAAAUGAAUCAAAUUACUACUCCUCUCUCCAAGUUAACAUGCUGGAUCCUGCAUUGUGUGUAUAUAUAAUCACUGAUCGAUUGGAAUCCUGCAUUGAUCAAUCACUACUUAACUCCUCUCCAGGUUACCUUACUACUACAGCACCACACCACCAGAUAACCUUAGGAAUGCUAACCAAUCACAGAUUCACUAAUGAGGAUAUAAGCCGUGUCGCUCUCACUGUUCGACUACUAUGCCUGCCUGGUCCCACCUCCCUCCCUUUCUCUCUCCCCCCUCCCUCCCUUUCUCUCCCCCCUCCCUCCCUUUCUCUCCUCUUUCUCUCA